UUCCUGUUGAAGGGAUCCGUUUGUUGCUAUGGUUGAAAAUGUCUCCUUAACAACCGGACUAAAAGUGGAGUAAACUUCGGUUGUAUUACCAAACGGUCGCAGUUGCAAAUAAGAACUUGUUCUCAACUAGCCUACCUGGUUAAAUAAAGCGGUGGGGUGGAAUGGCAGAGACAGCAGAGAGUAAGAAAGAAGAGGCAGACUACAAAAGGCUGCACAGCUUUCCUCUUAUCAGGCACACAGACAUGCCAGAGGAGAUGAGAGUGGAGACCAUGGAGCUCUGUGUCACAGCCUGCGAGAAGUUCGCCACCAACAAUGAGAGUGCAGCGAAGAUGAUCAAGGAGUCAAUGGAUAAGAAGUUUGGCAGCUCGUGGCACGUGGUAAUCGGCGAGGGCUUUGGCUUCGAGGUGACACACGAGGUCAAGAACCUGCUCUACAUGUUCUUUGGAGGAAGCCUGGCCGUGUGUGUCUGGAAGUGCUCCUAGCAUCAACAACCAAAUUAGAUCUAUAGAUCUGUCUGUCCAUCUACACUAUAUAUACACACACAAAGGUAUAGUGGAUUUGGCUAUUUCAGCCACACCCGCUGACAGGUGUAUAAACUCGAGCACACAGCCAUGCAAUCUCUAUAGACAAGCAUUGGAAGUAGAAUGGCCUUACUGAAGAGCUCAGUGACUUUCAACGUGGCACCGUCAUAGGAUGCCACCUUUCCAACAAGUCAGUUCGUCAAAUUUCUGACCUGCUAGAGCUGGCCCGGUCAACUGUAAGUGCUGUUAUUGUGAAGUGGAAACGUCUAGGAGCAACAAUGGCUCAGCCGCGAAGUGGUAGGCCACACAAGCUCACAGAACAGGACCGCUGAUGCGCGUAGCAUGUAAAAAUGGUCUGUCCUCAGUUGCAACACUCAAUACUAUCUAUCUGUCCAUGGAUCAUCUCUCUCUCUGUCGGUUAGCUUUCUCUUUCUUAUUCUCUCCCGUCUGACUUGAGUUACUGUAUCCUGUCCAAUUGGACUUGUUCUUAAAAUGCUGUGUGUGAAUUCACUUCGACACAAAUUAAAUGCAGCCAGGGUCUCCAAUACCCAUGUGUGUGUGUGUGUGUGUGUGUGUGUGUGUGUGUGUAACACUUCUCAUUCAUUCCAUUCAAUAUGUUUUAGUAUUUUAUAAUUGUAAGUAUGUGUAAAUACUUUGAUGCCGAUUGGAUUUUAAAAAUAUUUUUCUGUUUUUUACAGAUACAGUACAUACAACUGUUAUUGACAAACAAUUUGUUAGUAUUUGUAGCUGACAGGGUGAUACUGGCAAUUUUCUGUUUGAAAUGAACUGAUUGUGAAAUAAAACCUGAAUUGUACUGAGAAAUGUACUCAC